AUGCAGCUCCCAUGGCCAGGGCGUGGAAGCGCUCCCACGGAUGGUGUUCUCCCAACGAAGAACAUCCCGACCAUAUCAGGGCCAUCCUUUGACUUUCAAGACGGCGAGAAACCCACGACAAGGCCUCGUCAUGUUCGGACAACAUCUUCAGCCGCCCGUAAUAUGGCCGAUGAGUACUCCUACAUGACACCAAGCGAAGCAGCCGCCCAAUUGCGAACCUCCCUUACCCAGGGCCUCCAUCCGAACGAAGCCGUGAAGCGACUCAACGAAUAUGGCCCUAACGAAAUACCGCACGAGGAGCCGGAGCCAAUAUGGCUACGAUUUUUGAAACAAUUCCAGGAGCCCCUUAUUGUUCUGCUUCUAGUAUCUGCCGGCACCUCUCUCCUCCUAGGAAAUAUGGACGAUGCAGUUAGUAUCGCGGUCGCUGUAACUAUCGUCGUUUCAGUUGGGUUUGUCCAAGAGUAUCGAUCAGAGAAGUCUAUCGAGGCCCUAAACCACCUUGUCCCCAACCAUGCGCAUCUCGUUCGAGGACCGGCCAGCCGCUCCCUCAACACCGCAAGGACGUCGUCCUGGCCACCAGCGGAUCAGAGUGUCCAAGAUAUCUCGAUAACGCCCGGUUCUCAAACGCCUGUCGAAGAAGUGCUCGAGGCAGCAUCAUCGAAAGUCAUGGCGUCUCAACUGGUUCCUGGCGACUUGGUUCUGUUCACAACCGGAGAUCGAAUUCCAGCCGACAUUCGAGUCACCAAGGCAGCAGACUUGACAAUCGAUGCGUCCAACCUCACGGGAGAGAACGAGCCUGUGAGAGUAAUCGCAGAUGCAAGGUCACGUAAAAUCAGCUCCUAUGGACUGCUUCCUCAUUUGCAACCUCCUUCCAACGGAACCCAUGGAGAUGAACCACACGGCCAUGAAUCUGCACAAAAUAUCGUUGCAAUGGGCACACUUGUGAAGUCCGGCCAUGGUCAGGGUAUUGUUUUUGCGACCGGAGGAUCGACGCAUUUCGGCACCAUCGCAACCAGUGUGUCGGGAACGGAGAGUCCGCGAUCUCCUCUGCAGCUUUCCAUGGAUGAUCUUGGCUCACAGUUGAGUAAGGCCUCUUUUGUAGUCAUUGGUUUAAUCUCGAUCGUCGGGUGGUUACAGGGAAAGAAAUUGCUCGAAAUCUUCACAAUCUCCAUCUCCCUGGCUGUCGCCGCCAUCCCAGAGGGUCUACCAAUUAUUGUUACGGUGACCUUGGCUCUCGGUGUCCACCGUAUGGCUAAGCACAACGCGAUCGUGCGAAGGAUGCCCAAGGUUGAGACUCUCGGUUCGGUCAACGUCGUUUGUACCGACAAAACAGGAACCCUCACAACGAACCAUAUGACUGUCGCAAAAUUAUGGUACUUUGGUUCUGAGGGCAUCUUAAAUGUUGGCUCAAAUGAGGAAUACGAGGAACACCAACCUAAUCCAGCUUCUCUUCGAAUCAUGCGCAUUGGAAAUAUUGCCAACAACGCUCGUUUGGCACAGAAAUUCACCGAAAACGGGGCCGCAACCUCUGCUAUCCUCACAUCCACAAUGGGAGGCGGGGAGGCUACAACUCAUACUCGAUGGGUUGGACAACCAACGGAUGUCGCCAUGUUGGAUCUGCUAGACAAGUUCAAGGAGCACGACGUGCGAGAGUCUCUCGGGCCACGCAAGAACGAGACACCUUUCAGUUCUGAACGCAAAUGGAUGGGGGUUACGAUUGACGCAGACACGGCUAGGAGCGACAAAGAGUUUGCGUAUAUGAAAGGAUCCAUUGAGAAGGUCAUUGCAGCAUGCGAUACGUAUGUGGACGGGGAUGGACGGGAGAUUAUUCUUGAUGCAUCGCGUCGCGAGGAAGCAUUACGGGCAGCUGAGACCAUGGCAGCCCAGGGUCUUCGUGUGCUAGCAUUUGCCAGCGGUGCGGUAUCCCCUCGGUCGUCACGAGUUCGGGGGGGGCGUGGUACCUCCCCCAGUACUGACAAUGUCCAUGAAGAUUCAUACAAGGGACUUGCUUUCGCUGGUCUUGUCGGUAUGAGUGAUCCACCUCGACCAGGUGUCGCUAAGUCGAUCAGGACAUUGAUGCAUGGAGGUGUGAAAGUUAUCAUGAUUACUGGUGACGCUGAGACAACCGCGCUGGCAAUUGGAAAGCAGCUAGGAAUGGCCAUCGCUACCCCAAGCCCACACUCUGCUGGUCAGAGGAUGGUUAAAUCUGUGCUGAGGGGCGACGAAGUGGACAGAAUGUCCGAUAUGGAGCUUGCACAAGCCAUGGAGCAUACGACCAUCUUUGCACGAACCAACCCCGAUCACAAGAUGAAGAUUAUUCGAGCUCUGCAGUCUCGGGGCGACAUUGUCGCCAUGACUGGUGACGGUGUCAACGAUGCCCCGGCAUUGAAGAAGGCUGAUAUUGGAAUCUCAAUGGGUCGGCAUGGGACAGAUGUGGCCAAAGAGGCUGCAGAUAUGAUUCUCACAGAUGACGACUUUUCGACCAUUCUUCACGCUAUAGAGGAGGGCAAGGGUAUAUUCAACAACAUUCAGAACUUUUUAACAUUUCAACUGAGCACCAGUGCCGCCAGUUUGGCACUUGUCUUCAUCUGCACUUGCUUUGGGUUCAAGAACCCCCUGAAUGCAAUGCAGAUUCUAUGGAUCAAUAUUAUUAUGGACGGUCCACCCGCUCAGUCUCUUGGAGUUGAAAAGGUUGAUCCUGAUGUGAUGAACCGACCUCCACGGAAGCGAAAUGAUCCUGUGCUCACUAAAGCACUUAUUCGACGAGUUCUCUCUUCUGCAACAAUCAUCACGCUUGGAACUAUGCUCAUCUACAGCCGCGAAAUGCUAGCGGAUGGUCAGGUGACUCGACGUGAUACAACCAUGACCUUCACCUGCUUUGUGUUCUUCGACAUGUUCAACGCAUUGAGCUGCCGAUCUGAAUCGAAAUCUGUUUUCCAAGGUGAAAUCGGGCUUUUUGCCAACAAUCUAUUCAACUGGGCUGUUUCAGGGAGCAUCAUCUGCCAACUCCUAGUUAUCUACUUCCCUUGGCUGCAGUCAACCUUCCAGACUGAAGCCAUCGGAUUCUUCGAUCUUGUUCGGCUGCUGUUUCUCUGCAGCACCGUGUUUUGGGCGGAUGAAUUAAGAAAAUACCUAAAAUAUGGGAAACGGCGUUUCACCAGUGGAUAUAGCCAGGCAGUGUAA